UAGUAUAACCCUUCUGAAAAUUAAAUAACUAAAAACAUCAGAAUCUAAGUCGUAAAGUCGUAAACACUAAGAAAUUCGUAGACUACAUAAUCAAUCUAGAAGUAUAUAAAUAUGGCCCAUGCAACACAGUCACAGUCUUCUGGUGCUGCAUCAUCUUUCCCACAGCCAACAACAUCUGACAUAGUAAAAUUUCCAUGGCGUCGGGAAUCUACUCAGGAAAUAGCUGUGAUUGGAGUCAAUAAAGAGGCAAAGGCUGGAGAAUUUAUCUUACAGAACUUGUUUCUGGAAUUCUGUCGUGUUACUGAAAGAAGGAUUGAAAUUGUUUUAGCAGAACCAUUAGAAAAACCAUUGUCAAAAUCUCUACAAAGAGGAGAAGAUCCACAGUUUGAUCAGAUUUUGAAUGCCCUUGGAAAUGUAGCAGAGCACUGUCUGCCAUCAAUUUUAAAAACACUCUUCUCCUGGUAUCAACGACAGAUGAAAGAAGACAGCCCAUUGCUGGACACAAGACAGAGACACAGAAGCAAAGGGAGUAAAGACUAUCUCUGCGAAAGAAGAGAUUUGGCACUGGAGUUUGUCUAUUGUCUUGUUCUUAUAGAGGUUUUAUCAAAGCUCUCUUACCACCCAGGUCAUGAAGACCUUGUGGGGUACAUCAUAGAUCAGUGUUUCAGACAUUUUAAGUACAGAGAUGGCCUCCAAACAAACCCCAAUGCAUCUAAUAUCAACAUUAUUGCUGACUUGUAUGCUGAAGUCAUUGGUGUACUAGCAAACUCCAGAUUUUUAGCUGUUCGUAAAAAAUUUAUGGGUGAACUGAAGGAAUUAAAAUUAAGAGACCAAACACCAUACACUGCCCAGAGUAUCAUCAGUUUGCUCAUGGGUCUCAAGUUUUUUAGGGUCAAGAUGCAUCCAAUAGAAGAGUUUGAACUGUGUGUGCAACUGUUGCUUGAGCUAGGCCAUUACUUCCUUGAAGUUAAAGACAGAGAUAUUAAACAUGCAUUAGCUGGUCUCUUUGUGGAAAUUUUAUUACCAGUUGCUGCAACUGUCAAAAAUGAAGUCAACAUUCCUGUAUUAAAGAAACUAGCUGAAGAUCUAUACUCAUUCACAGUGGACAUGGCUACUAAACGAAAGCACACUCUACACCUGUUUCCUCUGAUCACAUGUCUACUCUGUGUCAGCCAGAAGCAAUUUUUCCUCAAUAACUGGCACUAUUUCCUUUCUAUGUGUUUGUCUCAGCUGAAAAAUAGAGAUGUGAAAAUGUCCAGAGUUGCUCUCGAGUCCCUCUACAGGCUACUCUGGGUCUACAUGGUUCGCAUCAAAUGUGAAAGUAACACUGCAACCCAGAGCAGGCUGCAGAGUAUCGUUAACAGUCUAUUUCCUAAAGGCUCUAAACUAGUCACUCCCAAAGAUAUGCCAUUAAACAUCUUUGUCAAAAUUAUUCAGUUUAUAGCAAAGGAGAGGCUAGACUUUGCUGUGAAAGAAAUUAUAUUUGAUUUGCUUUGUGUUGGGCGAAACAAAAAUGUUUUGACUCCAGAGCGAAUGAGCAUUGGUCUUAGAGCCUUUCUUGUGAUUGCUGAUAGCCUUCAACAAAAAGAUGGAGAUCCUCCAAUGCCCCAGUCUACAUCUUCAUUACCAUCUGGCAGUACAGUAAGAGUAAAAAAAACCUUCUUAAACAAGAUGUUAUCAGAUACAACAGCCAAGUCCAUUGGUCUGGCACCUUACUAUCCCUACAUAUUGAAAACCUUUGACUCCAUCCUUCGGGCUCUAGACUUACAGGUUGGCAGAUCUCUUCUCAUGACCAAGUCUGAAAACGCUAAUAAAGAACCAGAAGAGAUGAUAACUGGGGACAGAAAACCCAAACUAGACUUGUUCCGUACAUGCAUUGCUGCUAUCCCAAGACUUAUACCUGAUGGGAUGCCUCACCCAGAGUUAGUAGAGCUGAUAACUCGUCUCACUGUCCAUGUGGAUGAAGAGUUAAAAGGCUUAGCUUUUCAAGCCCUGCAAAAUUUGAUGCUCGAAUCUUCAUCAUGGAGGGAGCAUGUUAUUCAUGGUUUUGUUCAGUUCAUCCAGAAGGAUAUCAGUGAUACUAAACCAGCUCUACUAGAUAGUACACUCCGCUUAUUGUCUCAGCUACUUGUGCAGUGGAAAUCUACCACAUCAGGAACCAAUCAACAAAAUAAG